UUGAUAACAAUUUUGUCUGCUCUAUAACAAUAGUUAAAUUAUAAUUUAGUGCGCAUUUUUUUCCUCCAGUAAUUUUAAAUUAUACCGUAUGUUUUUAUUGAACUCUGGAAGUCAAUUCAGCCUACCAAACUUUAAUUUUGGUUACUUAUUAUAUCUUUCUACUUCAACUUUUUGUGAGUACUGAUCAUACUUUUUCUGUUCUUAUCAUAUAUUGUUGGUCCGCAUCAUUGCCAUCAGCUGUUUUCUGGUGACUUAAACGCUCGGUACUGUUGUUACAUAACUUUCACUGUCCACACUAUCAUCUAUCUAUUUUUUGGAGACUUAAACGCUGGGCACUGAGAUAGAUCAACAUGAGUAACCCUAACUCACCCAAAACCAUUUCAAACCAAGUUAUAACGAGGUCUAACUCUGCUACAGCCGCCAAAGCCUCAAAAGCUACACUCUCUGCACCCACUCCCCUAUCUGCUGAAGAAUUUCGACUAGCCUUCGCUGAAAUUCAAAGCACGCAAAAGCAAUGCAAAACCUUAUGUGCGUCUCUUAACAAAAUGUUCAGCGAACUAAAAAAUAGCGUUGACCUUUUAUCAUCCCAAUUAGCAGAGAUUCGUGCUGAAAACACUACCAUCAAAUCUGACAUUACUAAUCUCCAGGAAAGAAUUUCUGCCCUUGAAACUGCAUCAAAAAACGACAGCGUGCUACCAAAUCUUCUAAGUGAAAUUUCGGAACGAGAAAAGUCCCUUUUUAAUAUUGUUGUUCAUGGUCUCUCUGAGUCAUCAGAAACCUCACCCUCUUCUCGUGCGAAUGAUGAUAUUAAAAAACUUAAUGAAGUCAUUCAACCGUUAUCACUGUCCGUUCUAUCUGAUUGCAAGCUUUUUAGACUCGGCCGCCCUAACAAUACAAAGCCUAGACCACUAAAAGUUAUCUUUUCAUCUAAGGAGCAAGCUUCUAGUUUCGUUAUCGACUUCAACACUGGCAAACGCUCUUUGGGAGCUGAUAAUAAUCUGCAGAAUAUUCAUGUUUCGCGGGAUCGCACUCUCUUAGAGCGACAGGAAAUUCGUCGUGUCUACCAAGAUCUUGACAACCGCAAAAAGCAAGGUGAGACUAACAUUACUAUUAGAUACAGAAAUGGAUUUCCAUAUAUUGUAAAAAAUAACCAUAUCAGUGAUGGCUCUUCAAGAACUUAUGCUUCAAAAAACUAAAUUCAUCUUCUAACCUUUUCAUCUCUAAGAUACACCAGCACACAUCGUUUGGCAAUGAUCCAUUUUGCACCUUUUGUGUUCUUUCUUCAUCAACUAUAAACUGUUUUUUUAAUUUUGUCUCUCAACAUUCAAAUACCACACAUAAUUCCACUUCUCCCUUUUCUCAAUCAAAUGUUAGUCUUAAUAGACAUUUAAAUAUUUAUUAUCAAAAUGUAC